UUGAAAAUUAUUUACAAUUUGUGACAUCUAUUGAAAUGAAAUGCAUUUAUAAAAGUGAUUACAAUUUACUCCAAAAGUCAUCAAUUAAUUGAUUUAAUUGUUUAUCAUAUGUUUUGAUCACUUUUACCGAUAUGUCGGACAAGUUAUCGGAAGCCAAUGAUUGUUACAUAAAGGCUGACAAACAUCUUAAGACUGGAUUUCUCAAAUGGCGACCCGAUUAUGAGUUAGCGGCCAACGAGUAUUCGCGGGCAGCCACGUGUUUCAAAGCGGUACGAAUGCCCGACAAGUGUUUGGACGCCCACCUGAAAGCCGCCGAUUGUUAUGAAAAGACUAAAUCAUAUUUUUCUGCCGCAAAAUGUUAUGAACAGUCGGCUAUGGUUUGUAAAGAUCUUAAUGAUUGGGAUUCAGUUAUCAAAUACAUGGAAAAGUCAUGUCAUAUGUUUCGAGAGCACGGAGUCGUCGAUACGGCUGCUCUGACCUUCAAUCGCGGCGCACAAAUGAUUGAGAAUCAAAGACCAGAAAAGGCCGCCGAAUGGUACGGUCAGGCAUCGGAAGUAACAAUGAUUGAGGACAGACCCAAACAAGCGACUGAAUACGCCAACAAAGCCGUUCGUAUUUUUCUUAAACUCAAGAAAUAUGACAACGCCAUCGAUUGGCUUAAGAAAGCUAUGAGUUAUUUAGUUGAGUCUGAAGACAACCAGGCAUUGGGUCGUCUUUAUGUCGGUCUUAUAUUGAUCCAAUUGGCCCGCGAAGAUAGUGUGGCCGCAGAAAAAGCAUUCCGUGAGGGCAAAGGUUAUAUUGAAGAUCAAGAGAUUUAUUAUAUCAAUCAAAUAUUGGAAGGAUUCGACAAAAUGGAUGCAAACGCUAUCGUCAAUGGACUCAACUGCCCGUUCAUCAAAAGUCUGGACAACGAAUACACUAAAAUUGCCAGAGAUUUGCAACAAAAAUUUAAAGCAAAUUUAAACACAAAUGAGAGUUCAAAAAGUAAUGAAGAUUUGGAUGAUGAGGCCGGAGCUAUGCUCUAAAUAUAUCUAUGCAUUGAUUGAUUGUUUUUAAUUUAUAUUACAUUAUUUUGUAAAUAUGUUAAGUAUGUAUUGCAAGUACCGGUAAAUAUAAUUUGUUUUCCAAUAUUUUAGUUCAUUCCAUAUAAUUUUUAAAAUCAUAAUAAAAUUAUUAUUACCCGUAA